AUGGUGCAGCCCGUGGAGCAGACGUCGGAGACCGAGCAGGAACAAUCCGUGGCAUCGGUGUAUGACGUGGGAGAUCCGGUGAAGACCGGGGAGCAGGCACGGGAGGCUGCAGGACAGGAACAGACCGGGGCUGUGGUGUCAGACGCAGAAGAGCCGGGACUGACCGUUGCUGUGGCGUCUGGCACUGUAGAGCCAGACCGGACUGGGAAGCAGGCGGAGAAGGCUGCAGGGCUGGUGCAGACCGGGGCUGUGGCGUCGGACACUGUAGAGCCGGGGCUGACCGGGGAGCAGGCGUCGGAGACUGCAGAGCAGAACAGGACUGGGAAGCAGACAUGGGAGUCUGUAGUACCGGGGCUGAUCGUGGCUGUGGCAUCGGACGCUGUAGAGCCGGGACUGACCGUUGCUGUGGCGUCGGACGCUGUAGAGCCGGGACUGACCGGGGAGCAGGCGUCGGAAGCUGCGGAGCAGAACUGGACGGGGAAGCAGACAUGGGAGUCUGUAAGACCGGGGCUGAUCGUGGCUGUGGCGUCGGACGCUGUGGAGCCGGAACUGACCGUUGCUGGGGCGUCGGACGCUGUGGAGCCAGACAGGACCGGGGAACAGGCUCAGGGGACGUGA